AUGGAAGGGACCAAUAAGACAGUUCUAACUGAAUUCAUUCUACUUGGACUUUCCAAAUACCCAAAACUUGAGAUAUUCUUUUCUGUGCUAUGCAUGACCACAUAUAUAGUUAUCCUAUUCGGAAAUGGUGUCAUUAUCAUACUGAGCAUUCUGGAUUCCCAUCUUCACACCCCCAUGUACUUCUUUCUCAGUAAUCUCUCCUUCUUAGAUAUCUGUUACACAUCCUCAUUUGUGCCCAAAAUGCUGGUUAACUGGCUGUCAACUCGAAAAUCCUUGUCCUUCUCAGGAUGUGCAGCCCAGAUGUCAAUCUCUUUUGCCAUGGGAACUACAGAGUGUCUCCUACUGGCUGUGAUGGCUUAUGACCGCUACGUGGCCAUCUGUAACCCUCUAAGGUAUCCCAUUGUCAUGAACAGGACAGUUUAUGUGCACCUGACAGCUUUGUGUUGGCUAAUAGGUGGCCUUAACUCUCUGUUUCAAACCAUUCUUACUAUGCAAUUGCCUUUUUGUGGGAAAAAUGUUAUUGACCAUUUCACAUGUGAAAUUGUGACUGUCAUGCACCUGGCCUGUACCGACAUCUCCCUAAAUGAACUCAUCAUGCUGGUAGCAACUGUAAUCUUCACCUUGACCCCUCUUCUAUUAAUCGUUGUUUCUUAUUUCUUCAUCCUCUCCACCAUUUUAAAGAUCCGCUCUGCUGAGGGGAGAAGCAAAGCCUUUUCUACCUGCUCAGCCCACCUGACUGUGGUAAUCAUCUUCUAUGGGUCUGUCCUCCUCAUGUAUAUGAAGCCCAAGUCCAAAGCCUCACUGACCACAGAUAAGCUGAUUGCCAUGUUUUAUGGGAUUUUUACCCCCAUGCUCAAUCCUAUCAUCUAUAGUCUGAGGAACAAGGAUGUGAAUGCUGCAGUGAAAAAAGUGUUGAGCAGAAAUCUGUCCCUAUGGAAACUGUGA